AUGGGAAACUGUCUGAGGAGGAUCUACGCAGUGGAGGAAGAGAAGAGUCGCAUUCAGCCGCCGCCCAUGGACAGGAGGAUCCUAAGGAUCAAAGUACGUAUGAGAAUAGAUCAAUUCGAAGAGAUUUUGGCACGUGCCGAUAUCGAUAAGGAAUCCGACGGUGGUGGUAAGCUUGGUUUUCUGAUCGUUAAAGAGUAUAUGGAAGGCCGUUUACCAGAGCCUGUAGUUAUAUCCGACCACGACGAUAUCAUGAUCCGUCGAGGCCGGAGAUUGGUGUCCAUCAAGGAGGAAUAA